AUGGUUGGAUAUAUAUAUCAGCGCCCAGAGGAUCAGUGGACUCACAAUUUAGUUCAAGCUAGUGGUGACACAGUCAUGUAUCAAGAUAUUCGAGCAUCCUCUCAUCUUUCUGAAAUGCAACCACGAAAUGGCCAGGCAAGAGUCUCUAAUGCCUUCCAGUACUCCCUCACUAGAGUGGUGGUCAGUUUAGGGCUUGAAGAACUGACUGCCUAUCUGAAUAGAUAG